AAGAAUGGAGAAACACCAGUGCAUCAACGACUUUUAGAGAAAUUGUGUGGAAUAGAUAUUAAUGACUUAAAAUGUAAUGAUCCUUUGUCGAAUGGUGUGAUUGGCCUCGGCUCUGAUCGAUUUGAAAUAUCUGAGAAUGACUUUGAUUUACUUGUGGGAGAAAAAGCGGGGAUAAGAAGAUUAAGUAAAAGUGCUUCAAUAAAAAAUAUUUGUGCUGAAUUUGUCAGACGAAGAGAUGAAUUUCAAAAAAUAUACAAAUUGGUAAUAGCAGAAGAUGUGAAUGUAGUUCAUUAUCGCUGGGUUGAACAAGAAAGUGAGAGAGAACAGAUUGUUAGAGACAUUACUGAAUGUCUCAUGCAGUUGAUAAAAUCAAAUUCCUUCCGUCGAGUUUCUAGAGGCUCUGAGAAUUCGCUUGUGGAAGUAGUGGCUCGACUAAUCGAAGUGGCCACAUAUAAAUUACCAAUUAAUAGAGAAGUUGAGGUAACAAGAAAUGAACGUCAAAGCGUAGCAAGUAAAAAUCGUAAAGCCAGAGUAAAGGAAGGUGCAAGGGGUAACAGGCCAGAUUUGAUGAUCCGAGCACUCCUAGACCAAAAAUGGAAUGAAAUUGUAUAUGCAGAAAGUGGUAAAUGGAAUUGUAAUAAAGAUAAAAUACUCGAAGAUCACAAAAAAUUAGUGAGAUUUUGUAUAGAUGGUUAUAAAGAGGUUUUGAAAAAGCAUGUAAAAGAUAUUUUACGAAAAAAUUAUAUUGCUUUCAGAAUUAAUAUUGCAGAAAACAGGGUAAAAUAUUAUCUCCCAAUUUCCAAAGCAAAAAUCCUAUUAGGACUUGAAUCCGUUAAAGAGGUAGAAGAAUUUGUUUAUACUUUAAUGACUAUACAACCUGGUGAUAAAGGAAAAGACAUUAUUUGUGAAGUUUAUGGAUUUAUAUUCGUAAUACAGUGUAAGGCUUGGUAUAAAAGAAAUAUAGAUCGGUUACAUGUUGACGAAUUAGAAACCGUGAUAAGGAGAGAAAAUAAUUUGAAUACAGUAGUCAGAAAAGGGAGGUUUUCGUUUGGGAUAUUGGUGGGCGUUGAAGAAGAUAGAAUUUCGGAUGAAGCGAUAGAGAGGGCUAUAUCGUCAGAAUGUGAUAUUGGA